UAUACUUAACAAGAGUCAUCAAAAUAACUAUUAUUUAUCAAAGGGAAAUCAUGUCUCUGAGCUUUUGGAUCAAGCUGAAGAUUCUGUGGGUGAUUACUGAUGUUCAGAAGAUCUACUACCCAGUCUUAGCCACGUUUGGUGUCCCAGUUAACAUGAUUGCAAUAAUGAUCCUGGUUCGGGGAAAGUGUGGCCUUUCCAAAUGUGUCACUUAUUACCUGGUGGCCAUGGCAGCAGCGGAUCUCUUGGUUAUUAUCUUCGAUCUGAUACUACGACAAAUUCCUAUCACAUAUCGGGACGAGUUUCUUUUCCUGCUUUAUAUUCACUUGUGCAACAUCCAUGCUGUUAUACUUUAUGCUGCCACAGACUGUUCUGUCUGGUUCACCGUCAUGUUCACCUUUGAUCGCUUUGUGGCCAUAUGCUGCCAAAAGCUGAGAAAUAAACAUUGCACCAAGAAAACAGCGUGUGCGAUUUUAGGAACAGUGACUGUGAUGAGUUGCUUGAAGAACAUUUUCUGGUAUUUCAUGUAUUACAACAAAUACUGGCUUUCUAAUAGCCCAUGGUUUUGUCGAGUACCUCCAAAUGUAAGUUCUUCAAUUGUCUGGACUAUUAUUGAAUUAAUGCACUAUAUAAUAACACCAUUUGUUCCAUUUAUUUUGAUUCUACUGUUAAACGCAUUGACAGUCAGAAACAUUAUAUCAGCCAACAGAGCUCGGAGGAGAGUCCUGGGUCAUACGCCUGGGGCCAGUGCCAGUGACGCAGAGAUGUUGAGUCGGAGGAAAUCCAUGAUUAUGUUAUUCAUCAUAUCUGGCAAUUUCAUCGUGCUGUGGGUGGUAUUCAUUGCUGAUUCCAUAUUGAAACGAUUUGAUUACUUGGGAUAUCCAGUUCCUCUGCCAACAUUCGUAAGGGAGAUUGGCUUCAUGCUCCAGCUCCUGAGUUGCUGCACCAACACCUUUAUUUAUGCAGUUACCCAGAGGAAAUUCAGAGAAGAAUUGAAGAAUGGAAUAAUGUUUCCCAUCACGAAGGUUCGUUUUUCAGAGGCCUUCACAGACUUGAGGCAAGAGCCAGACUCUGACUUGGUUACAAAACCACAAUCCUUUAUUAUUAAGCAAGUACAAGCUGCGAGGAUCACUGUACACAACCCGGCACAGAGUGCUGAGCAUCGUGAGCGAUUCUCCCUGAACAGGGGACAAUCCGUGCUUUUAUACCCUUGGAAUCGGCAGAUGGAUCCAGCCACUCUGUCCUCGAACUUUGACAGCCAUGAGCGUCUGAAGGAGUAUCUGGGGGUCCGAGCUUGGAGCGAUCCCAGUCAUUGA